AUGUCUCCAACCACUGAUGUGGCCCGUCUCGGGGUCACCAUCCAGGAAGACGUUUUGCGCAAAACAGCCCUUCGAGGAAGUCGGUCGACUGGCAUACGCAGCACGUGGCCAAGCCAGCGCAACCUGUGCAGUGUGAUCAGUUCAUCCAUCGAGGCGCACGACCUUAUGGGUAGUGCAUUACGAAUAUACAUGUAUCGCGAUAUCGAGAAUAUCGUGGCAGCUGAAACAUGA